AUGAAAUACUCAUAUUUUCCGCUUCAACGUAAUCUAAAUCAACAUCCACAUAUUUCCAAACAUGCAUUUCUCGAUACAUCUCUGGAAUUUAUAUCAUACAAGAGCAACAAUGACAAUAAUGCAUUGAUGAUUGGUGAUUCUCGACUUGUUCCAGGAUCUUUCUCAUUCAACGACAAUGAAGAUGAGGUAUUAAGUGUAUCGGACUUCUCUUUUUCAUUCCAUUAUGAUACGAGCAUGAAUCAACUUUCAUGUACAAUCAAUGCCUCACUCGAUUUGUUCAAUCUCGAGACAAUUGAUAAGAUAUCUCAGCGAUUUCAUUCAAUAUUACAUCAGUUCUUUAUAUCUGUUGAUGAUCAAAUGAAUAGACCUAUCUAUGAACUAUCAUUAAGAUUAUCAAAUGAACAAUAUCUAAUGCAAUCGAUGAAUAAUACACAAAUAUCAUUUUCAUCUUCUCUCACUUGUAUUCAUCAUGAGUUUGUAUAUCAAGUCAUGAAACAUCCACAAAAACUAGCUGUUGAACUAGAUGAACAAUCAUUAACAUAUUGUGAACUUCUAUACUAUGUUCAAGUCGUAUCUUUAACUCUUCUUAAUGAAUAUCAUGUAUUUCCAAGUGAGAUCGUAUGUCAAUGUGUUGAGCGAAGUUUGUCAAUGGUGAUUGGUAUUAUGGGAAUCGAAAUGGCUGGUGGUGUUUAUUGUCCGUUAUCACCGCGGGACCCACAACAUCGUUUGCAUGCACUCAUGCAACAAACAGGAAGUCGUCUUGUUCUUGUUCAUUAUUUAACUACAACGAAGUUCGAUGAUGAUAUUGUUUCACUUGAUAUUGAUUCAAUAUUAAAUAUUUAUGACAUGAAUCAUAAUUGUCUUCCAAAUGUGGUAGUGAAAAGCGAAGAGAUAGCAUACACUAUUUUCACUAGUGGUUCCACUGGAACACCUAAAGCGGUUCAAGUUCGACAUCAGAACUUUAUUGAUUGCAUCAAUUCCUUGGCUUAUAUUAACUCAUUUAAUAAAGAUGAUACAGUUGUACAAAUGACACGAUGCUCAUUUGAUAUUCAUGUUCAAGAGAUACUUGGUACAUUGUUGAUUGGAGGCACAUUGAUUAUGCUUCGUCCAGGUGGAACUAUUGAUUUUGAUUAUUUAUCUAAAGUGUUACAGAACAAACAAAUCACAUAUCUACAUACUGUACCAAGUUUACUACACAGUUUUUUCAUUUUUAUUGUGCAGAACCAGGGCAUAAAUGCCGUGAGACAUCUCCGAUCACUUUGCAGCAGCGGUGAACCUUUUUCUGUUCCUCUAAUUGAUUUAAUUGUGAAAAACGGUAUAACAAACUGUAUUGUAUGGAAUUUGUAUGGUCCAGCUGAAGCAACCAUAGGUUCUACAAUCCAUUGUGUGAAUGUUACAAAUGAUACACAGAGCAUUCCAAUGGGCAGACCAUUUUAUAAUUAUCGAUGUAUGAUUGUGAAUGAAUAUUUACAAUCAUCUGCCACCAGUCAGCAAGGUGAAUUCUUUGCAGGAGGAGCAGGUGUCUUUGCUGGUUAUCUUGCACGUGAUGAUUUAACUGCAAGAGCUCUUAUCGAAAUAGAUGGUCAACUGUUUUAUCGAACAGGUGAUCUUGUGAGAAUGGAUAACAAUGGUCUUCUUCAUUAUCAAGGAAGAAAAGAUCAUCAAAUCAAACUACAUGGACAAAGAAUUGAACUUGGUGAAAUCGAACGAUGUUUACUUAGCAUUACAUCCAUCUCUGCUUGUGUUGUCAUGAAAUGGAAUGAUGAUUAUUUAGUUGCUUAUGUUCAAUCAUCUCAUAUCAAUGAGGAACAAAUACGCCAAUAUUGUCAAUCUCAUCUUCCACCACAUAUGAUUCCAUCAAUAUUUAUUAUUCUUGAUAAACUACCUUUGAAUGCAAAUGGAAAAAUAGAUCGAAAGCUUCUUCCGCCACCUCACUUCUCAUCAACACAUCUCACAAACAGUAUAGAACUAUUACUACCAACAAAUGAUAUUGAA